AUGUCGGUCAACGUCCAAGCCUCGCUCGAUCACCACGGCCUUACCGCGGACGAGCAGCUCGCCGUCUUCGCGUACAUGCAACGAUCGCAGCAGGUGAACGCGUACGAGGUGCAACAGCACAUCGCGAACGGGACGAUCAAGUCGUUCGGACAAGGCAUCUUGAGUGAGGCCGAGGCGAAGAAGAAGAACGAAGUCGCACGUCAAAAGUCGGCGAUCGAGCUCAUGGCUGAUCACGAGCGAGAAAAGCAAGCGGCAAAGGAGUCGCGGCGCGCCGCAAAGGAGGCGAAGAAGCAAUCGCGCCUCGAGCGAGAGGAGUUCGAACGCACCGGCGGCCAAGUCAAGUUGAGCAAGAAGGAGAGGAGAAAGUUGGAAAUGAUGGAUGAAUAA